AUGUCUGAGCUUACAGUAAAGUCUUUACUUUGUAGUCUACUGAAUUUUGAUAGAUUUGGUGGUACAGGGUCAUUUAUUCGAGAUUGUAUUGAUUCGUUAUGUGAAUCGACUUCAUCGCGAGAGACGAGCAUUAGCAGUGAAUGUUAUUUUUAUGUUAAGGGUACUGCAGUAAUUCUCUUUCAUCACGAUCGAACAAAUGUGAGCCAUGCUUCCGCUGGAGGUGAGAUUGAAAUGCAUCUACAAGCGAUGCUUCGUGUACUACCGCCGCAAGAUACUUUGACUAUGGCUGUACGCCUCCAGUGGAAUGCAGAGGUGGAAAACGAUGGACCGCAGGCUCAUUACUUAGCUCUUGUUAAGUCCUCAACGAAUUUGCGCGAGUCAGAUAGCGAGUACCGCGAGAGCGUUCUUCUUGGCGUGGAUUGUUUUAAUGGAGAAAAAGCUUCGAUUGGAGUAGUUAUUCCAAUUCAUGCGACGACAAAUGUUCGUCUAGAUGGAGAUGGGGGUAUUGCAGUCGACUGUGACUCAUCUGUCCAUCUUUUCCGACCUAUAUCUGUUCAGGCAAUGUGGACAGUGUUUCAGUGUCUUCAUAAAGAGCUGAGGGAGGCUCAAAGUUUACGUAACCAACCCUCACAAUGUUUUCGUGCUGGUGAUAAGUUGGUAAAGUACUAUCAGAAACUGAUGACUGCUGAAGACUCAUUAAGAGCGCAAUGGGAACGGUCUUCUGUUGAAUGUACAGGAGAUUUGGGGGCGACUUCAGCGGACGCUGAAAGAUACGCAAGCGAAAGAAAUGAGACUGAACAUCCCAUUGAAUCUCGGAUUUACGACUGCUUAAAGGAAGUGAUGCAAACAGUUGAUCUCGACGACGUUACAAGUAAAGAUAUUCGAUUAAAGGUUCAAGAUAUUUUGGGCAUGAAUUUGGAUGAUUACAAAAAUUUUAUCAGCCGUCAAAUGCUAGUAAUUAUGGGACAGCUGGAUAAAGCUUCUCAGAUAUUUGAUUAUCUGUACUUGGGCACCGAAUGGAAUGCGUGCGAUUGGGAGUGGUUGGAGAAGAACGGGAUCAAAUACAUUGUCAAUGUGACAAACGAGGUUGAAAAUUUCUUUCCGGCUCGACUAAAGUAUUUAAAGAUUCGAGUUCCAGACGAAGCAAGCACUGAAUUAAUGAAGUAUUGGAAACAGACAUACGAGUUCAUAAAAGAAGCAAAGGAUAAAGGGUGCUCGGUGUUAGUUCACUGUAAAAAGGGUAUUAGUCGGUCCUCUUCGACUGUUAUCGCUUUCGCAAUGAAGGAAUACGGAUGGGGAUUAGAAAGGGCCAUGGACCAUGUCAAAAAAAAGAGGGACUGCAUAACGCCUAAUAAAGGCUUCGUUGAACAAUUAAAAAUAUUUGAAGGAAUGCUCGAUGCGUUUAAAAAACGAGGCCGGUUUGAUGUGCCAAGAAAUCCAUCUGAAACGAGUACUGAGUUAAAUGCACAGGAGAAAAAGUGUUGCCAAGAUAAGAAUUAUCACGCCUCACAUAGUGACAUUGUUAGUACCGAACUAUGCAAAUCUUGCUGUUCAAACAGGCUUGAUGAACAUGGAAAUCUAGUAAAAAAUCUUGUUGGCAGUUUUGAAGCGAUAGGGAAAACUGUCGAGUCUUCUUUAAGCGUCACUCGAGCACUGGACUUAUCCCAGCCUAAAUUACGACUGGGAAAAGUUACCGACUGGAAGAGUCGUAGAGGGUUAGCCGUGUCUGUCCCCCCAGCCUGCAGCAAUUCUCCGAUUCGCCAAGCCCGUGCUGUAACCAUUUCUCAGUAG